ACGGCGUAAAGACGCGCCUUCCUUCACGUGCCUGGUUGUUAAGGACAAAAUGUACCACAGUUAAAAAAUUACAUGUUGUUAUUGUAGAAUUGUUUUUUUGUUUUGUUUUUUCAAAUGCUUAUGCUGUACUUCUGCUGCUAGAAUGGUCUUUUAAUCAGUCAGAAGACUCACAUGCACAGGAAGACAGCAGUAAGUACUUCCACAGCUUGGCUACUAUGGCAGAGGUUGUCCAGAAUCACACGCCAAAGAGGCCAGGAGUGGGUCUCGCCGUGCUCGUCACCCGUUCCUCCCACCCAGGAUGUGUGCUUCUAGGAAAAAGAAAGAGUUUGGUUGGAAAAGGGCUGUACCAGUUACCCGGGGGUCACAUUGAAUUCGGAGAGACGUGGGAGAAGUGCGCACAGAGAGAGGUGAUGGAAGAAGCCGGUAUUCGGUUAAAGAACCUGCGCCUUGCCUCCGUAGUGAACACCGUUAGGCUCGAACAAAACUAUCACUACGUUACAAUCUUCUUGCAAGGGGAAGUGGAUGAAGACUUCAUAACAUCCGAGCCAGUAAACAUGGAGCCUGAGAAAAACGAGGGUUGGUCAUGGACGUCCUGGGAUGACUUUCCUCCUGACGAGCAGCUGUUCUUUUCACUGGCCAGUCUCAGACAGGAGGGUUUCCAUCCAUUCGAUAUGAUUUGAUGCGAUCAAGAAACUGUUUCAACUUUUCUGUCCGAAGAACAAACCACUAUCAGCCAGUUCCUGUAAGCUGAGAACUGAGAAGAAAUUUGCUAAUCGAAUCUGACUUUGAGCUGCUGCAAUGGCACAUCGUUUAAAGUGUUUGUAAUAUGAAACGUACUGUAUUUUUUUGCUUAACUAAACUACCAGACCUCUUUUCUUU